AUGUCCAACUGUGGAACGGACGAUAACUCAGAUGAAACUCAGGACUGUCACGCCUAUCAAGAAAAUGGUCUGAUAUACUUAACAAUAUUUGUUUCGGUUUUUAUAUGUUUUAUAGCAAUAGUCGUCACUGCGUGUAUCAUACAACAAAGAAAAAACAAACUGAACAAGCCACAGUCAGAAUUGAAUGUGCAAUAUGGCGUGCCAAGUAAAACAUUCUCUUCGCCGGGACCAGUUUGUAAACCCAGUUAUCCGUUCAACACAACAAAAGACGGUAGAAUAAUAAAAGAAGAAACUGAAAAAGUUUCGAUUGUGUGA